GACCCAUCCUGUCUCAGCAUUAGAAAAUUGAAUACCAGUUUCUCAAUAACAGUCAACACUUCCAUAGAGAAUAAUAAGUUCUUCUCACCUGAGGGCAAAUAACUUCACAUGUGAUGUGACUUUUUGAAAAAGAGAACUUCUGACGAUGGUAAUAUCUUCACCGUUUUGUCUCAUUUUCAUAUCACUUUAAUUGUACCUCGCAUGUGUCUGCUUGAUAAUGGCAACGGAAUAUUGGGGGCGAUCAUCCUGUCAAAUGGGGAGUCACUUAUGAAACACCUGUUAAUAUUUAAUAUUAAAAUGUUUUGAUCGAUCUUCACAGAUUCUUUUAAGUCACUGUUCAUCAUUUGAGCCUGUUGCGGUUCUUCUGUCCAACCUUCAGCAUGUCUGUUAUAAAGUUCUGAGAACUUCCUAGGAACCUUGGUCAGCCUCUGUGUAGGAGUAAUGUUGGAGUAUUACAGUGUGACGUUGCCUGUGAGAUGAGCUUCUUGUGAAGCAUCUGUCGAGUAACCUGUGUUUCUGAUUUGUAUUCGGUCAUUUAAUCAUGUUUGUUUAGUCUAUUGAUGCAUCUUAUAUUUACUAUUUAUAUAUAUACUUUAUGCAGGGUGAUUACGGUAUAAUAUGUUAGCUAGAUACUUCUUUAAACUUAAAAUGUCAUAACUGUCACAAUCCUAUCUGUAUUAUUACUAUUAAUAUGUCAUCAUCAUCAUCAUCAUCAUCAUCAUCAAACUAGCACCUCGUCCAAUACCAUUCAGGCUGUGUUCCUCAGAUCAACAUUGUGGUUUUUUCAAGAAUUGCAGCUUGAUUGAAAUAAGCCUUUGGUUUUGAAAUUAAUAAUGCUUUAAAAAGCUGUUUCUGAUACUAUGCAAGUGUAACUCGGGGUGGGAUUUUAUCAUAUAGAAUUAAAAUUACCGGGACGAAUCGCAGGAACAAACAAACAAGUGAUUUUACCUUCAGUUUUUGAACGGCUGUAGCUGGUGGAAUUUUCUCGCUGGAAGGCAAUAGGGACUCAUGGUAAUUCGGAGUAACUGCACAUGGAAGGGAAGAGCCUUAUAUGGACAUGGAAGUAGGCGUGGCGAACGGACUGGGCCGGAUCACAAGACCUCAGUUGAAACAAAAAAUAGGGCUCCUGUGUGAGCAGUUACCGUGGAAAACGGCAGUAGAUUACGUGUAAGCAGAGUGUGAUUCGGUGUAUACGUUUAUUGCAACUUAAAGAGUAGUAAUAUGCAUUAAGGUAACAACUUAAUGCGUAUUUUAAAAUUGUUUCUCGGCUUCAAUUGCAUGUUUCCAGUUAUUUCUGCGCAGUAUGUAUUUCUAUUCACUUGAGGGGAAAAUAAUACUGUGAGGUCAGAUCAGCAUGACUCAACCUUUGAGGUGCAUGCAGUCAUUGCCCUUCUGUGCUGAGAGGAGCGCACUAGGGACUUAAAGAGGAGCACUGCAAUGAAGGGUGUUACUCAUGACUGAAAGGCACAAGGGGACCGUCAGACAUCUCAAUCCGGCUCUUCCACCCUGGAAGAGCAGGGGGUGUGAUCCCCCAUCUUCCGGCCCUCUCCGCCGUGGAGCUUGGUGGUGGCUUCUCGUUUGUCACUGCUGCUAAACAAGCACCGACACAAACAUAUGCAAACCCAUGGACUAGUCGGCGUUAGUUUUUUGACUGGGUUUUGAAACCACCCUGUCCUCUUCCUCCUCGACCUCCCCCCCCUCCCGACAAACUUGGGAUUACCCAUUGUUAGUAGAUGAUUUAGCCAUGAGCCUGCCGCCUCAGCCGAAGGCUAACCCCAAAAGGACAGGGAAGCGUAUCUCGUUCUUUAAUGACCAGGGUCUGGCCAAAAAGGACUCAGCUGCUGAAGGCUCUUUCUAUGACUUGGAAAAUCCUUCCAUGGAAUCGGUGCACAGUGACGUUCCAGGUCAGGCUUCCCAUUCUGAGGGGUCACAUGUGUACAACUCGGUCAUCUUUAGCCCCGAUAAGGGUGAGCAAAGACGAGGGCAUUACCAGCAGACUGUUCCAAUAAAAUGGACGCAGCCGGACUCGUCUAGACAGCCGGGUUGGACUCGGGGGGUGCCUAUCAACUCCUGGAGUCAAAACAUUGCCUCAUAUUUAGGAGGCAUCAACAUGAAUGAGUCACGCAUGCAGCCUGCUUACCCCGAGUCAUUACUCGAAGAGCCUCUGCAGCAGCAGCAGAGAGGAGCAGCGGAGAAGCAGCUGGCCAACUCCCUCAACACCUACAGGGAUUCUGCCAAAGCCCUGGGUGUGGAAUGGGAGCAGCAGCAAGCGGUGGCUUCUCUCCAGCAUGUCCCCGUGCAGCAGGGCCAUGCCACGGUCCUGCAGAGCCAGUCCCUCGCCGUCUCUCGUGCUGCGACCAGCUCUGUGCUGCAGCCCUUCCAGGUGGCGUUCGGUCAGCCCAAGCAGCCCCUCUCCCACGGCUUUUACCAGGUGUUCCAGGACAGUAGGACGUUGCCCAACCUGAACUAUAGCGGGCAGCCAAAGUUCCAAAAUCAGUUUCAGCAACAGGAGCUGCUGCAGAAUCAGCAGCUACAUCAGCGGCAGCGGCAAAUUCCGCACAAGCAGCAAGAAAUGCAAGAAGACCAGCAGUUUCUCAGUUAUUUCCCCGGCACAUCACUGCCCAGUGCACACACAAACCCCCACCCUCAGCAGCAGCCCCCGCAAGCUCUAGGCUCCCAUACUGUGGCACACGAACCUGCCUCCCAGCCUCCUGCAGAGUGUCUGGAUUCUGAUGUCCAGAAGUUCUCAUCCAACCCUCAGCUGCCCUCCGAGGAGCCCCAGCCCGCCCCCCGCAGGUCCCGUCGCCUCUCCAAGGAGGGCGCCCCCGCAGCCGCCGCGAUGCCCGGCAAUCGCCCAGCUCACGGGACCCAAGGAUCCCUCAAUGGUAAUGCUGAAGGAGUGAAAGUGCUGAUGGAAGAGGAAAUGCAGGCUGCAGCGGUGGGAGUGAUUAAGAGCACGCACAGAAAGAGAAGAGCUUCCCAGGAGGUCAACUUGGAGACACUGGCUCAGAAGGCAUCAGAGAUGGAGUCCUUACCUUCACAUAGCAUGACGCAGGAGCAAGAGAAGGUCUGGAACUCCAGCACGGCUCCACAAGGCCCCGACAGAAGGAUUGCAGAGGACGAGUGGGCAAGCGCCAAGCGUUCACGUGAGGAGAGCAUGCUACCCUUGGUGCUGCCCGUAUCUGUGCCAGUACGUCGAGCCGAUCAGGAGCCAGCAAAACCGCCAAGUGGCUGGACCCAGCGGCCGCUACACGAACCGGUCCAAUGCGAGCGCAAGCCAUCUGUCAUUGUCACCCGUCGGCGCUCUCUGAGGAGCUCGCUGUCCGAAAGCACUGGCCAGAAUGGUGAAGGGGAAGGAGGGAAAGACGAUGAUGGGAAAGCAGCCAAGACGAGACGGCGACCGCGGCCUGAGCCCCUCUUCAUCCCCUCGCCCAAGACCGGCACUUUCAUCGCCCCUCCUGUGUACUCCAACGUCACGCCCUACCAGAGCCACCUGCGCUCACCUGUACGUCUGGCAGACACCCCCAUCACCCUGCCCCCCUACACCCCGCCCCCCAUCCUCAGUCCCGUGCGGGAAGGCUCCGGCCUCUACUUCUCCACGUUUAUGUCCUCCGGCGUCGCGAACGCCCCGUGCCUGGGCCCCCCCCCACCGGCGACCCCAAAAUCUGCCUCACGCAGCCUGCUCCGCUCCAGCAGUUGUGAUAUCACACCCCCACUGCUGUGUGCAGUGAACGAGGCCACCCCAGUCAGCAUUGAGCCACGGAUAAACAUUGGAAAUCGGCACCAGGCAGAGGUGCCAGAAUUGCGAGUUCGUGCAGCAGCCCAUCAGGACGAGCAUCGGGCAGAACUCGUGUGGGCGCCCCAGCACGAGCUAGAAUCCACCCACCCAGCGCGAGUGGAUGACCUGAUGCACCUGGCCUGCUCCAGCGUCUUCCCUGGGGGGGGGACAAACCAGGAGCUGGCGCUGCAUGGUCUGUAUGAGUGCAAGGGGGACGUUCUGGAGACCCUCACUCUGCUCCUGCUACAGAAGCCCAUGUUCACCAAGACCCACCCACUCGCUGACUAUCACUACUCCGGCUGUGACAGCUGGACGUCAGCAGAGAGGCGGUUGUUCAACAAAGGGAUUGCUACCUACAAGAAGGAUUUUUUCAUGGUGCAGAAGAUAGUCAGCACCAAGACCGUGGCACAAUGUGUGGAGUUUUACUACACCUAUAAGAAACAGGUGAAAAUUGGCCGCAGUGGGACCCUGGUCUAUGGAGACCUGGAGCCCCCUGAGACUUGGGCCGCGGAGGUGGAGCUGGAUGUCAGGAGCUCACAGCAAUUGAAACCAAUGAAGGUGGAGGAAGGGAAGAACUGGGAGGAGUCAUGUGACAGGAAGCAGGCCUGCAGCCCCGCGAGGGUGACGCAGCUACUACAGGUGUCUGAGAAUGAUGGUGCCCUGCUGGUCUACAAGAGCCUGCAGGAAAAGAUGGAGGUGGAACCGUCCCAGAUCCGGCCCCUGAACCCUCGUCCUGCACCCAAAAAACCAAGCGCUGACUCGGGGAAGAAGACCGCGCCAGGUGCUGCCAAAGGCCCGGAGGGGGAGUUUCCCUGCAAGAAAUGUGGCAGGGUGUUCUACAAGGUGAAGAGCCGCAGCGCGCACAUGAAGAGCCACGCGGAGCAGGAGAAGAAGGCGGCGGCGCUGCGGCAGAGAGAGGCAGAGCAGCGGGCGGCGGCAGCCAUAGCCGCGGUAGCGGCGGCGACGGCCGGACAGAAUGGCACCAGGGAGCACGGCGGAGACGCCGGCGGGGACAGCAGCGACGAGUCCUCUGUGGAAGGGGAAGACGCAGACGACGAAGACUGGCACUGAGGCUCGCCUGAAAGCGGCGCGUGGGGAAGAAGAUGCUCAGCUUGCUGCCCACUGGCGACUCGCGAAUAAAGUCACAGAUUCUAAUUCUGUGUUUUUUUAUCGCUGGAUUUUGGGACAGACUUGCUGUGCGUGUGCACUUGUAAGAAAGAGGGGUUGGGUUUGGGAAUGAGGCUGGAGUUUAGGGGAGAGAGACACUGGGUCACCAUGUUUAUUCUACUGUUCUAUUUGGCUUUUCAGAUGUCAUCUUUUUUACCGUAUUUACUGUAAUGUGUGAGCAAAUAAUAUAUAUAUACAUAUUUUUGCAGGAUGCAUAAGGCACUGACCCGGUAUUUUUUUGCCACUCCCUAGUCCAUCCAAGCCCCUCAGCACUUUCAGUCUGAUCCAGCACUGAUAUUCAGAGCAAAAUUUAUAUGUAUCCUGAGCCUUUUAGGAUUGGCACACAUUGUAUGUCAGACUGAUCUUUACUCAUUUUAAUAUAUUGUUGGUAAUAAUAUAUUUAAAUAAAGUUGAUGAAAUACAAAGUUGACCGCUGUCAGACCAUUAAAGAUGGGGCUUCUCACAAGAGGACUAUGAAAUGCAUAUACUCAGCUGGGCCUCAUUUUUUUAAAUAUAAUUUUUAUAUGUAUAUUUUUAAUACAGCCAAAAGCUUGCACAACCCUGUGUCCAACAAAUUUGGGUUUUUGUGUUAUUCUGUACUAUUUUCCCGUGUGUUUAUUUUUUAAUCUUAUGCUUUAGAUAUCCGGAAUGCUUUUUACCUUUACAGGACAAUCAAUUUUACAGACUUUUUUAUAUUCAAAAACUUUAAGUGGAUGCUGUUAUUACAGUUUUUUGCUAUGUUGUUAUCAUGAUGUUGUAUUUGGUUUUUUGGUAAAUAUUAAGUUGUUAGUUCUUUUUUGUCAUCUGGUAUAAAGAGCUGUACUCUGGUUAGCUGUUUCACGUUUUAACGUUGAAGGUAAUAAUUGCCAUUAAGUGCAAUACAAUGUCUUGGUGAAAAUUGUGCAAUUCUUAAACACUGUGUCUAUUCACCUCAUCCCUUACAGAUGUAUGAUCAACUCUGUUCUGCUGUAAUGCAUGAUAAGGAAACAUUUUGACCUGUGCUUUUCACUCUGGCCAUUUUUGUUAUAAUCACAGGAAUGGUGAAGGAUCCUCUGAUAUUAAAAUGGCCAAAGAUUGGACCAGUUUAAAAAAAAUAAUAAAACAAAACAGCCAGUCCAAGCAGCCGGCCUGUACUCCAGCAGCCGGCCUACUGGACCAUGUCUCCAUGACAACAGUCAUCCUUGAAUACAGUCUUUCCCUUGAUGGAAAGUUACAGAGAAAAGGAUGAAUGGAUCUACUCAGUUUUUUCUAGUUUUACUUGCCUAUGCACAAAGAAAUAUGUGUUUGUGUGUAUAACGUAUAGCAUUCGCUGUGAUGUCCUUUGUCUUUACUGUGGGAGACCCUUCCCAGGGGUUACAUUUUGUAUGUUAUCUCUCUCUCUAUAUAAAAUUAUUCUUAUAGUCCAGAGUCACAGGUUGUGCUGCUUUUUGACUUUUUAAAUAUAAAAUAAGAUUUAAAAUAAAUUGGCCGGCAAUUGUUAAGAUACAAAUAUUCCUUGCCGUAGUCUUGUGUGAUGAAGGGAACGACGGAAGCCAGUAUUUAUAUAAAUUCGUAUGUAUGUAUGAAUUAUAUUUAUCCAUAUAUGAAAUAUUUUCAUAUGAAGCCAUCACACUAAAAGCUCAGAUUGCUAGGUUAUCUCAAGUACUUUUACUACAUUGUAAAUUAUUUAUUUCAUUUCACUUGUGUUUUGAAUAAUAAAAAGGAAAACUGAUCAUUUACAAAAAAAAAUGA